GGAAAGGACUGACAACCACUGAGGAGUCAUUGGCGUCCACGUUUUCAAGCAAUAUAAUUUUUUAAAUUCUUCGUUUACAAAAAAUAUAAUUUAAUAUUUAUACUAACUAAAAUACUAAAAAAAUUAAUUAAAUACAAUCAUUCAUAUCAACGGCUAAUUUAAAACAUUGUAAACAAAAUAAAGAGAAAAUAUUUGAUUUUAAAUAUUAAAUAGUGCAAAAAUGGAUCCAGCUACAGUGAUAGCACUUUGUAAGGAAAAUAUACAACCAUUGCGUCAUGGAAGGAAUGCCACUCAAUUGGGAACAGCAUUAAGAGCUCAAGAAGAUGUCGAAGCUCAGCAAUUGCUAAUGCAAGAAAAGCAAAUGUAUGAGGAUGCAAUAAAAAAUUACGAAGGUGAUGAUCCAUUGGAAAAUUGGUAUGAAUAUAUAUUAUGGGUUGAACAAAGUUACCCCAAAAAUGGACACGAAUCUCAUAUCGGGAAAUUAUUACAACAAUGUUUGACUACUUUCGAAAAAGAAACCAAAUAUUAUCAAGACCGUAGAUAUAUUAGAUUAUGGAUAAACUAUAUCAGUAUGCAAAAAAAUCCACUAGAAGUUUAUCAAAUGCUGUACAAUGCUGGUAUAGGAACAAUGGUUGCUGAUAUGUAUCGAGCAUGGGCUUUUGAAUUAGAACAAGUCGAUGACUAUAAAAAAGCUGACGAAGUCUAUAUGCUAGGAAUAACUGCUAGAGCAGAGCCACGUGAUGAGUUAAUUUAUGCUCGAGAAAACUUUCAAUUAGCAGUCGGUCGAAAGACAUUAGGAUGUCCUGAUGACAGAAGUGAAAUAGCUCUAUCAGAACAGAGACAAGCAUUCAGUUCUUUACGAGCAAUAAAAGCUGGAAAACGAGUAACAAAUAUGAGAACAGGACAUCGUGUAAAAGAUUAUUUUCCCGGUGUCAUAUCGCAAUCUGUUCCACAAAUACAAGGACAAUUUAAAGACAGUAAGUCUAAUACAAAGAUACAAAUUUAUGAAGAUGAAGCUGCGCAAAUUGAGCUACGGGGCGCAAGCAUAUUAGAUCAUAUUGCUAUUGAAGAUACACACAAAGAAAAUACAUUAAAACCCGGCCAGUGGAGUAAUGCAUCCAAAAAACAUCAUCAAUUAAUUCCAACAUCGGUACGACCGGCAUUCAAAAUUCAUGAAGAUGGAAUAGAUGACAAUUUCGACUUCGAAAGAUUACGCUUAUUUCCAAAUCAUACACCAUUCUUUGAUGGAAGUAAAUAUCCAGAACAUAUGGCGGUGCCAGUAUUUGUACCCGAUGCACCAUCAGCAGUUAUUACAAAACCUCGUUAUCCCAAAGAUUUAGUUUAUGCAAACAAUAUUGACAAGAGUAUGGAAGAAAUUAGAGCUGAGAGAUAUUUAAAUGAAAUAAGAAAUUGUGAAAAUAAUGUUAGAAUAGAUGGAACGCAAUUAUCAUUAGGAAUUAACCAAUGUCUUGCUACUGGACAUGAUCCAAAAAAUCAGAGUCAUGAAGUAAUGCAAAGUAGAUUAGAAAAAAGAAAGCUAGAAGAAGAAGAGUUACGAAAACAGUGUGAAUUAGAAGAACAGAGAAGAAAAGAAGAAGAAUCUCGUGAAUUGGAAAGACAACGUAACGAACAAUUAGCACUUGAGAGAAAACGUUUAGAGGCUGAGUUAGAAAGACAAAGACAAGCAACAGAGCUAAAAAGACAACACGAAGCUGAAUUAGAGAGACAGCGAAUUGAAGCUGAAAGAAUAGAAGCAGAACGUAUUGAGAGUCAAAGAAUGGAAGCUGAAUUAAGUCGGCAAAGUAAAUUACAAUCUUCAAAUUAUAUGCAGCAUUCGUCUAAUAGUGGAAUUGAGUCUGGGGUUGAACAAUUAUUAGGUCAAAGUCUUACUGUUAAUACCAAGGAAGCCAUGUCUGUGAUUCAAGAUCUGUGGAAUUCACCUUCUAGUACUAAUUCACCUUUAAUGAGUAGUCCAAUGGUGCAUAGAAUGGACUCACGCUCAAAGCUAAACUUUGACAUCCAUAUCGACAGUUCUAUGACUCAACAACAUGCUAUAUCUGACUCACGACAUCACAUUAAUUUUAACAUUCAGCAAUCGUAUCAUGAUCAAGAAAAUCAUCAACAUUUCAAUACUCCAUAUAAUACUCUUCAAGAGCACCAUCAAUCGUUUCAGAAUCAUGGUAUUCCUGAUCCAUAUCAUUAUCAAGUUCAACAGCAGGUUCAGCCACCGCUUCAACACACUCCUCAACUACAAGCUCAUACUCCUCAACUGCAAACUCACCAUCCUCACCAAUCACCUCACAUUCAAACUCACAUGGAGCAAUCGCAUAACAUGAUGCAUCACCAAUCUCAUCUUCAUCAACAACACCCUCAAAUGCAUCAGUCCUAUCAUCAACCUCAUAUACCUCAAUCUCCAUUGCCUUCAACUCAUUCACAACCACCACAUCUUUCUCACCAUUCUCAAUCACUUCACAAUGCAUCCCAUCUUCAUCCUUCACCGCAUGCUCAAUUACAACAUCAUCAUGUAUCACCACAUAUCCAACACCAUCAACAACAACAUCACAUUUACAAUAAUAACAUGCAUUCUAACAAUGUUGGAUAUCAUCAACAAUAUCCAAUGAUGCCUCCACUUCAACCAGAACCACAAAAACAACUUCACUUUGCUGCUCCUUAUGUUGAUCAUCAAGCUGAAAACAAAGCUUAUAGAAAGUCAGAGUUACCUUUCAUCAAAUCACCAGGGAUGAAUCGUCGAGAUUUAAAGUUUCUUGAAAGUACUGAUAAUAAAGAAAAUGCUGCAGCUCUUGGAUUCAAUACUGUUAUAGAAGAAAAACAAGUAGUGGGAAAUAAUUUGUAUGUAGAUGAAAGUCUUGGAAUAUCUCCUUUGCCUGGAGUAAACGAUACUUGUUUGACAGAAGGAUUCAGGGAGCCAUUAUUAAGCUCUACACCAAUGACAAAUCAGUUUAGACCAACUUACAGAACUAAAGAAAUUUUAUAUCAACAAUCUCAAGCACAAUUUCCACCACCACCUCCACCAUUACCACAGGAACAACAACCUGUACCAAAUGGUGAAUCUGACGAUAAAUUAAGUACUAUUUUGGAAUCUACAAGAGAAUAUACUUCUAGUUCUGGAAGCAGUGCCAAUACUCGAACAACACAAUUUGGAUUUACAAUAAUACGUGAGGAUGAGCCACUAAAGGACCAAUCUAUCAGUCAAGAUCUGAAAAAUGAUAUAAAUGACACAAAAAUGCAAACAAAACAUCAAGCUAUUCACGCUCAAAGUCCUCGAACAAUGCAACGUAAUGUUGAUUUAAUAACAUCGGAGAUAAAGAAUAAUUGUGAUCUUCGAAUACCUUUUAAUUUAGAUGUCGAACCUUUAAAAGAAAAUAACAAUAUAUCAAUUGAAUGCCAGUAUAGUGAGCCAAUGGAAGAAACAGAAGAGGAAGAAUUUAAAUUACCCAGCGGUGAUAUCAAUCCGUUUGACAAAGAGAUUAUUUCUGGUCUUUUACGAAAACUUAAAUUUCCACGGCCUCAUCAUUCAGAUGGAUAUACAAGAAUUAAUAAGAAUUUAAAUAAAUUCGUGCCUUCUAGUGUGAUUUCCCUAGGAACUGAUACAUACGAGUUAGACAAGUGCCUUGGCAAAGGAACUUAUGGAACAGUUAUGAAAGCUUUUGAUCCACAAACUAGACAAACAGUAGCGCUUAAAACUCAAAAACCCGCUUGGGUUUGGGAAUUCUAUAUAGCUAGAGAAAUAAAAGCUCGCUUAACAAAUCCACAUAUGCUUCGUGGAUUUAUGGAUGUUUCUAAAGUUUAUGUUGCUAAUAAUGGCAGUGUACUAGUCUCGGAAUAUUCCAAAUAUGGAACAUUAUUAGCUGUGACUAAUCAAGUAAAAAUUGCCACAGGCAAACCACUUAGUGAACCACUUGCAAUAUUUUUCACUAUUGAGAUGCUUCAAAUUGUCGAGUACCUUCACAAAUGCCAAAUUAUUCAUGGAGAUAUCAAGCCUGAUAAUUUUUUGUUAAUGCAUCUGCCAACUGAAGAUGUGAGACCAACAAUCCAAUUAAUAGACUUUGGUUGUAGUAUUGAUAUGACCUUAUUCCCAGAAGGAACUAAAUUUACUCAAAGAAUAACUACAGAAGAUUUUACAUGUAUUGAAAUGCAGACAGGUCGUCCAUGGACCUACCAAACUGAUUUAUAUUGUGUAGCUGCUUCAGCUCAUUGUCUUCUUUUUGGGAUAUAUAUGAGAGCUGUUAUGUCUGGUAACCGUUGGUUCAUUAACUCAAAAAUGCCGAGGUACGUACAAAAAGAUACUUGGGAGACUUUAUUUACAAAGUUACUAAAUAUCGAAUCAUGCGAAGUGAUGCCAGAUCUAGUUGAGCUUCGUAAAAUGAUGGAGGAAGCUUUAGCUAAAAUACCAAGCGUUGAGAUGAAGCUUAGAGCUUUGUCAAAUGUUUUAAAUAAUCGAUAACACUAAUAACUGUUUGUAAGAACAAAAAUCAGACUGUGUAUGUACCUAACAACGCAUUAUUGUAUGUUAUAUUAAAUUAUUAUCGUGCUAUUUAUUAUUAUGAUAAAAAAUGGGAGAAAAAUUAACUAACUAUAAUCUAUAGUACUAGAAAGUGUUUACAAUAUCUGUAAAUACUGCCUAGAAAUCAUUUAUACAAAUUCUUUUUGAGAUUUAAAGUCUCGAUCAACCAUUGAUAUGAUGUACUGAUGAAAAGAUAUAUAUAUAUAUAUUGCUUCUCAGUCAAUUUAGAAAAAAUAAUUUAAUUUUUAUUUUUUGUAUUUUUCAGUAUUCAGGCAAUUUUUGAUCAAUUAAUUUUGUAUUUAAACGCGAGUAAUUUAACUUGAGAGCUCAGUAAAAUUCAGUUGCCAAAAAUUCCAUUAAUUUCUUUAAUUCCAAUAUAUCAUAACUAAUUUAAUCAUAAAGCCGAUAAACAACAAAUAAGAAUAUUAAAUGGAAAAGUAAAAAAUUUUGAUGUUUAACUGUUAGAUUUUAUAUAAAUAAAAUAAGAAAACCUAUAAUACCCGCGAUAUUUAAAUAAUACAAUAGAUGGUAUACACAAAAAAUAAUAUAAGGUUUAUGUAAUUGUAAAUGUGACAAAUUGUUGCAUUAGUUAAAAAUAUAUGAGAAUAUGCCUUACUUUACUUUAACGGUGCAACAAAAAAGUUAUAUCUGUUAAUUGAAAAGGAAAAAGCUGGCUUUACCUAAAAUAAUGUGAAAAUAAAAUUAAAUCAAUCAAAAUUGUA